CACAAAAGUAGAGGCUCUUGGUUUUUGGAUAACACUGUCACUGGCUCAAGGAAGAGGGAAUCAAAUAGACUCGAGCAGAGCCGGGAAGGAGGAGGGGAGAGCUUGGUCCUUUCUUGGGAUUUUCCAUGGCGGUUUCUUCUCUGUCUUCAAUCAUUUUACCUUCUCUCCUGAUUCCAACUUCUUCGUCUUCUAGUUCUAGACUAAAGGUCUCUUUCCACUCCUUGAUUCCCCCUUCUAUCCAUGGCGGCUUCAGUUCCUGCGUCCUUAAACCCUCCUCGUCGUCCUCGUUAAGGGCCUUCGCCGCUUCUGAAACCCUAGACCUAGCUCCCGAAAUCCUCGAUGAACCCGGUUCGGGUGACUCCGAGGUCCCGAGCGCUUCUUCAAUCAGUGCAGAGGUGGAUAAGCAGAUGGCGCCAAAGCAAAAGAUUAGGAUCAAGCUUAGAUCUUACUGGGUGCCGCUCAUUGAGGACUCGUGCAAGCAGAUACUUGACGCGGCAAGAAACACCAAUGCCAAGACGAUGGGUCCGGUGCCAUUACCGACCAAGAAACGUGUUUACUGUGUUCUCAAGUCCCCCCACGUCCACAAGGACGCGAGGUUCCAUUUCGAAAUCCGGACCCACCAGCGGUUGAUAGAUAUUAUGUACCCAACUGCCCAAACCAUCGAUUCCUUGAUGCAACUUGAUCUUCCUGCCGGUGUAGAUGUUGAGGUGAAGCUCUGAAGCGAAGGCACAUACAUUGUGGGAGGGACAAAAGGUAACAUCUUUUUUACAUAUUGUCCAGAAUGGUAAUGCUGAGGGACAAUAGAUAUUAUGUACCCACAUAGAUCUUAGUGAUGGAGACCGAUCUCCCUCGCAUGAACAGAAACUGUUUGGGAUGGAUCUCAUUGCAUAGAAUUGGUAAAGCUCUGAAUCCUUUUUAAUGCCUUAUUUGUUCCAAACCAAAACAUAUAAUGUACGGAAAUGUAAGAGUGUGUUUUGGUAGAAUAGGAAAGCUUGAAUCUUUAGUUACC